AUGGCAGAACGCAUACUCAUGAACGAAUUUAAGGCCCUUCUCAAAGAGAAAUGGGUUCACGUUGAGUUACACAAUGACGACAUCUUCAAAUGGGAUGUUGCCCUUCUCCCGAUCAACCCAGACUCGAUUUACUACGGGGGCUAUUUCAAAGCCACCAUGCGCUUCCCUCAGAACUAUCCUUACUCUCCACCUGAAUUCCGCUUCCGAAAGGCCCUGCACCACCCGAACAUCUACCCAGACGGAAAGCUGUGCAUCUCAAUUCUCCACGCCCCAGGCGAAGAUGCAAUGUCCGGUGAACUCGCCUCCGAGCGCUGGUCCCCGGCCCAGCGCGUCGAAUCAGUCUUGAUCUCGAUAAUCUCCCUCCUAGACGACGCCGAGCCCUCCUCCCCAGCAAACGUCGAUGCAGGCAUUCUCUUCCGCAUGGACCCCGAAGCCUACCGCCAAAGAGCCAAGGCCGAAGUAGAGAAAUCCAAGGCGGAUAUCCCGGCUGGUUUUGUCAUGCCAACUCACGAGACAGCCAUCGUUCGCGAACCUGUCGAGAAGGAGGAUCCUGACUUCUGGGCCGACAGUGAUGCAGACAGCGAUGUCUUCGGCGGGAGCGACUCGGACGAAGGUCUUCAACAGUUCAGUGACAGCGAGAUUGACGAGCUCGACGAGGGGGACGAUGACUCCCUUGAGGAUACGAUGAAAGCUUGA